GCGGCCCAGCAACAGGUAACUACUCAAGAUGCCCUUCCAUCCUCCAUCAUGGGUGCCGAAGCUCCCGUUCGACCCCCCGGACUCGAUCCCCAUCUGCGACUUCAUGCUGGAUGAGCUCUACGGCCGCCAUCCACUUGGCUAUUCGUUCGACCCCUUCACUUGCGGCCUGACGGGCAAGACAUACUCGAGCCUCGAGGUGCGCGAGCGCGUCGACUACCUUGCACGGGGCCUGGCAAAGGAGCUUGGGUUUCAGCCAGGCAGCGGAUCCGAAUGGGACAAGGUCAUUGCUGUUUUCUCAGUAAACACUAUUGACACAAUCCCGUUGGCAUGGGCCACGCAUCGCCUAGGCGGCAUUCAGACACCCGCCAAUGCUGCUUACAGCGCCGCCGAGCUUGAGUACCAGUUGAAAAACUCGGGCGCAAAAGCCCUCUUCACCUGCGUCCCCCUGUUGGAGAUUGCUCAAGAAGCGGCAAAGAAGACUGGAAUCCCCGAGAACCGUAUAUACAUACUCGAAGUACCAGGCGCGAGCACGCCCAAAGGCUUCAAAACGGUGGAUGACUUCAUCCGUGAAGGCGAAAAGCUCGACCGCUUGCCGCCGUUGAACUGGGGGUCCGGAGAAGGCGCUAAACGGUGUGCGUUCCUCUGUUACUCCAGUGGGACAUCGGGUUUGCCUAAAGGAGUCAUGAUCUCGCACCGAAAUGUCAUUGCCAACAUCAUGCAAAUUUCGACGUUUGAAAAACCGUAUCGCGACAACAUUAUCAAAGACGUACGGAACCAAUCCGACUACACUGAAAAGGUUCUAGGUCUGUUGCCCAUGUCGCAUAUCUACGGGCUGGUUGUCAUCAGCCAUACUAGUGUUUAUCGUGGUGACGGUGUCGUGGUUCUGCCCAAGUUCGAAUUCGCGACGACUCUGCAAGCGAUACAGGACUACAAGAUCAACACGCUAUUCCUAGUUCCCCCGAUCAUCAUUCUAAUCACGAAGAGUAAGGCGCUUCUUGACAAGUAUGACCUCAGCUCCGUGACGGCACUGUUUACCGGCGCAGCACCUCUAGGGCAAGAAACAGCCGAAGACGUGCAGAAGAUAUUUUCCUCAUGGAAGAUUCGGCAAGGGUAUGGCCUGACAGAGACUUGUACUGUUGUGUCUACAACCUCGCCCGAUGACAUUUGGUACGGCUCCUGUGGCUCUCUGCUUCCAGGCAUAGAAUGUAAGAUUGUGACUCUCGAGGGGACCGAGGUCACUGAGUACGACCAACCUGGCGAGCUUUUGGUCAAAUCGCCGGCUGUUGUGCUAGGGUAUCUCAACAAUGAUAAAGCCAAUAAGGAGACCUUUCAGGAUGGCUACAUGCAUACUGGGGAUGAAGCUGUUAUCAGGAAGGCACCGUCUGGCCAUGAACAUGUGUUCAUUGUUGACCGCAUCAAAGAGCUCAUUAAAGUUCAGGGACACCAAGUCGCACCUGCAGAGCUUGAGGCGCAUUUGUUGACCCAUCCCGCUGUGAAUGACUGUGCAGUGAUCCAGAUUCCCAACGAAAAGACUGGAGAAGUGCCAAAGGCCUUUGUCGUCAAAGCACCCUCAGUCGGCAUGGAGACGAACGACCGCAUUCUUGCGCGUGAAAUCCAGAAGCACGUCGAAAAGCACAAGGCGAGGUACAAGUGGAUCAGCGGCGGAAUUGAAUUCGUCGAUGUGAUUCCGAAAUCUCCAUCAGGAAAGAUAUUACGACGACUGUUGAGAGACCAGGAGAAGGAGAAGAGAAGGAAAGCCGGAAGCAAGUUGUAGAAGACACCUGCCGGCAUACUUUGUACCUACCGACCAGUUUUUUACCACACUGCUCUCUGUAAGUAGGGAUGCGGUUGUACUUUUUGUUACUUGCACUGCUAAAAACUUCAACACAGUGGAUUGAGCCUGUACACAGCACGAUUCUUACAAUUGAAGUGUUACUCAGACCACAACCAAAU